AUGAUCAAUGAGGAUAAUCUACACCGCACUGCAACAUCGCUAACUCUAUCGAACAACAGGCUUUACGCACUGGCCAAGGAAUUGCCACUGCUGUCAAACCUACGUGAGCUGGAGAUUGACCACAACCGGUUCCAGCGCUUCCCCGAGGUGCUUGUGCAGCUGCCACGCCUGUGGCGCAUCAAUGCCAGCUUCAACCCCAUUGAGAGCGCGCGGGGGUUUGACGUAUUGCCGCGUCUCCUCUCGCUGCGCUCGCUGACGGUGCGGGAUUGCGGCCUCAAGGAGAUCCCUAUGGCGAUAAUUCAGUGCGAGCUGCUCGAGGAGCUCGACGUGGGCAAUAACAUGGAGAUCAAAAUCGCUGGCGUUGCCUUGCAUCGCCUGAGCCGGCUAAAGAGGCUAGGUGUGGCAAACUGCAACCUCGGUGGGCGCACCCUGCCCAGCACGAUCAAGCGCAUGAAGCUGCUGUCGCUCGAUAUCUCUGGCAACGCCUUCACCUUCGCCGACCCGCAUUUCUUUGGCAGGAAUAUGCCGCGCUCGCUGGUAGAGCUGCGUCUGGUCGGCAUGAACCUCACGGCACCGCCGGCGGUGGUGGUGCUGCUGACGCAUCUAAAUUUUCUCGACCUCGCUGAGAACCCCAUCGAGACGCUCGAUGUCCUCGCCGGCCGCGUCGUCAAGCGGUUCCCGCACGUGCCAAGCACCGGGACGGUGACUACCACCUGCACCAACGGCUUCACAGAUGUGCCGGACGAAGAGGAGGGCGGCGACUUCGAGGAGGAGGAAACAGCUACCCACGUCUCUCUCGGCGGCACCAGCGCCGCGACGAACCGCGCCAGCCUCAGCAAGGCGAGCAGGGAAGGCAUUGUCUCUCAUGUGACGCAGCCCAUUCCACUGAAGCGGCUCUCGCUGCGCGCGUGCAACUUUCGUAUGGUGCCCAAGUACUUCCACAAACUGGAUCAGCUCGAGGAACUCGACCUCUCUGAGAACGAAAACCUUAACGACCCGAACAUGACGCUCUUCUCGCUGCACAGGCUGGUGACACUCAAUGUCACUGGCUGCCCCUUUGCCGAGGACCCGUCGCAGUCGCGUAACGAGUGGUUUGACAUUGGCAAGCUGCGCAACUUGAGCAACGUUCAGUGGGAGGUGUGGAGGAGCGAGCACAACAUGAGCCCCUAUCGCACCAAGAUCCCGAUCGAACUCUGCGCGCUACGGCUACGCACUCUGAACGAGGUGCAGCUGCGCAGUAACCUCUUCACCGGCGACAUCAUCGAGACGGUCAUCAAUCUCUUGUCAGACGGCUACUUUAAGGUUGACCUCUCCGUGGAUGAGAUGAUCCUGCACAACCAUGCGGCGGCCCUCAAGGCCUUUACCGAGGGCGAGCGCUUCUUCUUCCCCAAGACAGUCACCGAAGCGCCGAGCAUCAAGUGCAGCGUCGAGCCAGCCUCUCUUGGGCAGGUGCACCUCAAGAUUGCCAUCAGCCGCUACAUCUUCUUCCUAGCUAUACAGGCGGCCAACUACGACGCCGUCAUUAUCCCGCCCCUGGAUGUUAUGAUCAUCCACUACGCACAGCUCACCGUCAACCCGCUCAACUACCGCAUCGACUGCGAGGCUGUGUGCGGGCGCAUCCUCGACUGCAACUACCGGGCCUUCUUCACAGAGCAGACGAAGCAUCAGGCGGAGGCGAGAAGUGUCGUGGACGCGUCGAGGCGCAUUUGGAACUUAAUGGUGCGCUCCGCCCAGCGCGAUCUCUCAUGGCUGCGGUAUGACUUCUGGGGUAAGCGGCUGCGUGCGUCGGCAGCACAAUCAGCCACCGACGCUGCACUCGCUGAUGGGAAUACGGCGAUUCCAAAGACGCUGCCGUUGCUGGUGGGCAACACAACAGCUGAAGUAACACAGGACUGGGAGAUGCUAGUGUCCAUCGACUCGGCGCACGACUUGGCUGGUGUGUUGGACCAGGCGAUCACGUCGCACUUCAUGGAGAAGGGUAUGGAGGAGUUCGCUGCGUCCAUUCAGCAAUUUUUUCACAUGAACCACUGUUUCCUGCGUAACGAGGACUCUCUGUGGAAGACGGACCUUGACUGGAGCCGCUACGUGAAGUUCCUGACUCUCUACGCCUACCGGUGCGCGGUGCACGAGGGUGAUUCGACCUACAUCAUGAAGCCAAUCGCGGACGAGGAGGGCAACCUUGUAGCACCAACUAGCACCACUUCAAUGCUGGGCAAGCACUACGACUCUAUAGGUAACAACAGCUUUAACGACUCGGGCAAGUACCUGCCAAAGCCGCAGGAGAGCGGAAAGAAAGCGCUUACGGAUAGUGCCUCAGAGAACCAGGUGGAGUCUGGCUAUGUGCCCCCGACUCGGCCCCCCAGCGGCAUUACUCUUCGGUCCCCGUCCACCCUGCUGCAGACCCGCAAGUCAAACAAGCGGCUUGCGAUGGUACGCCAGCUCGAGGGCAGCCCCAUCCCCACGAUCGGCAUCCUCUUCAUGCUGCACGCCCAUCGCACCUCGCACCUGAAGUACUACCAGUCCUUGUCACUGUUUGCCAUCGAGAACGUUGACCUCGUGUGGGGCGAUUCCGAUUACCGCAUCCUACAGCAGACGCAGGGCGCGUGGAUGACUCUGUACGAUGAGGCGUAUGUCAGCGAGUCCAAAGAGAUGCCGUUUGGCUACGUUGUUCGUCAGAGUGUGCUACUGCCGACUACCAGCCCAGGCGAUGCGGCCAACACCGUGGCAGAGGACGACUCUGCUACUGUGAAGAUGUCGUUUUGGGGAGAAAUUCGGAAUCACCCCUACACCUACGAGGCGAACGCGGUGCCGUGCAGGUCGUGCAUCAAGUCGCGCAGCCGCAAGGCCAACCAUGCUGGCCGCCGGGUAAUGUUCUGUAGUGGUGAUACAGAGUUUGGUGUCUUCUAG